AUGUUCGGCCAGAAAGGACUGGAACUCAUAAAGGAAUUGAAUCGCACUCCUGAUGUGUUACCGCCCUUCAACGAUGAUGUGAUCCGCCAAGUUUUGGAGGAAAUGAACGCUCUUUUUGAACAAAAUCGAAUGGACCUUGACAAGGAAAAAGAUGCAAAUUAUGCCGGAGUUCACGUGAGACAUGCAUCUUUGGAAAGAAAUAGGAGAUGCCUUUUAGCAUAUCUAUACAAUAGGAUAAAUAAAAUACGUCAGAUGCGUUGGGAAUUUGGAAGUAUUAUACCACCUGAAAUAAAAUAUAAUAUGUGUGAGCCUGAAGUGCAAUGGUUUAAUAAUUACAAUAAAAUUUUAGCCACAUAUAUGAGAGGAAUUGGGAACAAGCAUGGACUGAACUUAACAUUGGACAGACAACCUCCCAAAGAAUUGUACAUUGAAGUUCGAUGUUUAGAAGAUUAUGGAGAAUAUGAAAUGGACAAUGGUGAUGUAGUUACUUUGAGGAAGGGAAAUAUGUAUCUGUUGCCUCGAGGACCAUGUGAACAAUUGAUACGACAAGGUAUUUUGCAGCAUAUCACUGACUAA